UUAUGAAAUUAUAAUUAUAUGAAGAUACAACAGGUUAUGGUUGAAUACCAUUAUAUCGCAAUAUGAAUUGUCUUUUGUUUGGAUUUAUGAUUUACGUGAACUUUAUUGACAAAGGUCAUCAACACAAACUUAUCUAUUCAACUUAUGGGAACAUCAAAGAAACCGACUUAAUAACUGGAGAAGUAGCUGAUUUGUUAACGAAUCUACAAAGUGUUAUACAUUCUAUAGAUUAUGACUAUCAAUAUGAAUAUGUUUAUUUUACAAGAUUUGAACGUAAUGAUAUAUUGAGAUUUCGGUAUCCUGCAGAACGACCAUACAUUUCAGAAACUGUAUCAAUUGCAGAUAAACCGGUUGGUGUUGCGGUUGAUUCAUUUAACAGUGACGUGUAUCUGACUGAAUAUGGCACAGGGAAGCUUUAUAGAUGUGCUUCAGAUGGUUCAAAUAAAAUACUUAUACUGCAAGAUGAUCCACUUUAUGCUCUCACAUUAGAUACUUCUAACAGAUGGAUGUAUUAUAGUACUUAUACAACUAGUGGUAAGAUAAGAAAAUCGAGACUAAAUGGAACUGAGAAACAGACAAUCGUCAAUAGUUCACACAGAAUAUAUGGUUUGAGCAUAGAUGCCAUAAGAGGUCGACUUUUUUGGAUGGAAUACAGCAGCGGUGAUUUAAAAUCCUCAAAUUUCAAUGGAGAGAAUGAAAUCAAAGUUGUCAGCACAAAUGCAGCCUCUACAAACAUAGGUAUUCAUGUCUAUGGAAGCAACGUAUACUGUGCAACUGGUACCACCAUUAUCAAUGUCACAACAACAUCUACAAUGAUAAAGAAUAUUAUAUACUCAGAUCCAGAGAGAAUUUUUAGUGUAAUUGUAUAUAAGGAAACAUGUAAGUACAUCAAGGAUUACGUAUUCACAGGAAAUUUUAUGAGCGAUUGUUAGUAUAUUGUAUUCAAAGAUAUAAAAUAAAAGGUUUAAAAAAAUGAAUAACAAAAAUCUAAACUUAAAGGAAAAUUUAAACAAAAAGUGCUUCAAUAAAUAUCUAAAUUGUAAGCUCGUACACAUCAAACGAAUAAAAAACACAUAGGUAACACCUGUCGUACUCCUUACUUGGUACUGAAAUUUUCAUAUGAAAAACAUGGUGGAAUAAACUUGUUUUGGUUGAGCUAGCUCAACCUGUAAUAUAAUUCCACAAUAUUGACAACAAUGUUUUAGAAAAAAAACCAUAAAGGCAUAAAUAAUUCAAAGUAGCAAAAAGUGUGGUAAUACGUGUAUAAUAAAACUGAGCUUGGAGUUAUCAAUAAGUUGUAUUUCAUGUUAUUGAACAGUUUAUAGUCUGAACAAUGUAUUAAAUGCAAUAUACCAAAACCCAAAAGUCUGGUUUGUUACACGAUUAUUUUCUUUUCUUAAUCUAAAUGAUUUUGUAUAUCAAUAUGGUACUAUAUCGUGAACAUCAGUGUUUUUUGUUAAUUUUAUAUACUUGUGCAUGUAUGUUUAUCUUGCAAAGAGUAAACAGUUAUUAACUUACAACUUCUUAACGCAUACUAUGCAUUUGUAAAUAAUUUGCUUUUCUCUGAUAUGAAUGCCUGGG